GGCAUCCCCCCCCAUCGUUCCUCUAGUCUUUUCUACGCCAUCUUUAUAAAGGGCACGGUGUGGACGACAUCCGCAUGUCUUGUGAGGGCAGCCGGAGGAGGCGGAGCUUUGGGAAGGGGGAGGAGAAGGAGGAGGAGGCGGUUGUUAUUUAGAGGUGGAGGGGGACUUAAGUGUCCCAGAAGGGGUCAAAGGAUGACAACCAUGGCAGAUAACCACAAGGAGAGCUGGGCAGCCCUGGUAGCUGCAGCAGAACGAUACCGGCGUCAAACUGGCAAUGAAGUGGUGCUGCUCACCGCCUUCAGGGCCCCUCCCCCUGGCGGCUUUGGCUAUGUGCAGCACGGCAGUGGGGCCCUGGCAGAUGCCCUUCAACGCUACCUCGAAGACAUUGCCGUGGUCCACAAAACCACAGCCUUCAUUUAUGCUGCCCGUCCUCCCGCAGCCCCUUACCUGCCCCCCAACCAUGGCCCCUACUCUCGAAGCUAUCCCUUCACUGGUGCCCCAGACGAGUCUGCCCCACACAGGACGCCUACCUCCCAGGGGCCUUUGCCCCAGGCUUCUGGAGGCCAGGAGCCCGAAGAGGAAGAAGAUGAAGGCGAUAGGAACACACUGACGGAAGUAGAGCAGCCAGGUGGGAGAGACCAUCCCAGUGACACCACUGGCCUGUUUGUGAUGGACGAGGAUUCCCCAAGCCAAGAAUAUGAGCCUUUCUUUGACUCUGACCUAGAGAGCACUGAUGAUGGGAGUCUGAGUGAGGAGACCCCUGGGCAAGUGGCCCCUCCACCUCUUAGCCACCAGUAUGCCAAGUCCUUGCCUGUCUCGGUGCCAAUUUGGGGGUUUAAGGAGCAACAGCAAGAGAUGCGCUCCUCCGAUGAGGAGACCAGCAAGCAUUCGUCCCCCGAUCUUGAGAAGAUUGCUGCCAGCAUGCGCGCACUGGUGCUGCGGGUGUCAGACGGCACUGAGAUGUUUGGAGACCUGCCUCGGCCGCGGCUCAACACGAGUGACUUCCAGAAGCUACAACGGAAAUACUAGCGGAUCCGGCAGUCUCCUUCCUUCCCUUCCCUUCCCCUCCUCUCCCCACCCCCCCGUCAGUACCCUCCCUCCUCCAGUCGGUGGACAGGGUUGGAUGCUCCCCUUAAGCCAUACAGCCCUCCUGUGAGCUCUUACAAGCUUUAAAGUGAUAACUUAUAAUUGCACACUACAGUUAGGAUGGGGAAUGGAGGACUUUCUUCCUCCCUCCCUGAACAAAUGAAAGAGAACCUGUUCAGUUUCUCUUUCUGGGGAAUUCCAGAGGCACAGCACCUCUCCAGCGGGGUUUUCUUCCCGUUCAAGAGAAGGCAACACUACGGACAUGUACUUUGAAAAUGACACUACCAAUCCUGCCCCAGCCCAGUCCAGCCCCAGCUGCUGCUGCAGUGUCCCAUUUCUCUCCUCCUUUCCCCAUAACAAGUGUCUUAAGAUCCUUUGCACAUAAGCUGGGUUUGUCUAUAGAGUCUUUAGUUUUGAGCCAAGCGUCUCUUGUUGGGGAGAGAAGGGAGUGUGGGGAGGGAUUCUUCAUCACCCGGCUCUCCCUCCCCACGCGUUAACUCUCUUCCAGUUUCCGGAAGUGGUAUUUCAGGGUCGUUUUUCUAUUGGGGAGGGCGGUGCAAAUUUGGGGAAUCGCCCCAGGCAGAUGGGAUGUAACCAGGGCUCUAGGAGUCACCUACAACCCUCUGUCGUUUUUUCCCUCCCCUCUCCUUUCCCAGCGUACUUUUGUAUCAGAUACUUGGGGGCACAUGGAGGCCCUGGCCCCCUAUAUUUUUGUCCAAAGAUGAAUGGUGAAUUGGAAGGGGGAGGAUGUCUUUGUCUCCUUCCCACCAACCUACCAGCCAAUAAAGAAAAUACUGACUUUUA